AUGGCGUCGAGCCCAGAUGUCGAGCGGCCUGAUAUGCGUCGGACCUCCCGUAUUUCCCGGGCAUCUCUGAACCAGGACUGGGCCAAUCUGGAUGAAUAUGGCAAGCUUGUCAAAUACGUGUCUACAUUCCGUGAUGCAAAUGCAGCAGCCCAAGAUGAGGGCGACAUCAUGGAGAAACGGCUCUGGUAUGCCCCAUGGAAAAAGCGGAAGGUCCACGUCAAGAAGCUCGAAGGGGAAACUGGCAAAUUCCCUGAUGAGUGGACCUUGACCGAUAUUCGUGAAGGUCUUUCCAACGAAGAAGUUGCACAACGCCGUCGGCGGGCUGGUUGGAAUGAAUUGUCGUCGGAGAAGGAGAAUCCCAUCGCCAAGUUCCUUUCAUACUUCCGGGGUCCAAUCCUCUAUGUCAUGGAGUUGGCUGUUUUGCUUGCUGCUGGUCUGGAUGACUGGGUCGAUUUCGGUGUCAUCAUUGGUAUUUUAUGUCUAAAUGCCGCUGUAGGUUGGUAUCAAGAGAAGCAGGCUGCGGAUGUGGUUGCGAGUCUCAAGGGAGAUAUUGCUAUGCGAGCACAGGUCAUUCGUGAUGGUGCUCAACAGGAAUGUCUCGCACGAGAGUUAGUUCCAGGGGACGUGAUCAUUGUUGGUGAAGGCUCAGUCGUGCCUGCUGAUGCCAAGGUUAUCUGUGACUUCAGUGAUUCCAAUGGCUGGGAAGAGUUCAACCAGCUUCAAGAGCAAGGAAUGCUCGGCGGAGGCUCUGAUUCUGAAGAUGAAGAGGAUCAGGUGAAAAAAACUGUUGAGGAAGUGAAGGAGGGUGAUGGCAACUCCAAAGAAGCAACAGAAGGAGGAGGAAGAGACGAAGAAGAAGAAGAGGAAGGAGAAGAAGCACAACCUGCUCCUCGCAGACGUGGCUACCCCAUUCUAGCCUGCGACCAUUCCGCCAUUACCGGCGAAUCUCUUGCUGUGGAUCGUUACAUGGGCGACAUGAUUUUCUAUACAACCGGCUGCAAGCGUGGUAAAGCCUACGCGGUGGUUCAGACUGGCGCAAGAACUUCUUUCGUCGGCCGCACCGCAACUAUGGUGCAAUCUGCACAAGGUGCCGGUCAUUUUGAACUUGUCAUGGACAACAUUGGAACCUCUCUUUUGAUUCUUGUCGUGGCUUGGAUUCUGGCCGCAUGGAUUGGUGGAUUCUUCCGCCAUAUUCCCAUUGCUUCGCCUGGUCAGCAGACCUUGCUUCACUACACGCUGUCUUUGCUCAUUAUCGGUGUGCCUGUUGGUCUCCCGGUAGUCACCACUACUACCAUGGCCGUUGGUGCUGCUUAUCUGGCUAAGAAGAAAGCUAUUGUGCAAAAGCUGACUGCGAUUGAAUCCCUGGCAGGGGUUGAUAUCCUGUGCUCUGAUAAGACUGGAACUCUGACCGCGAACAAACUGAGUAUUCGAGAUCCUUACGUGGCGGAAGGUGUCGAUAUUGACUGGAUGUUUGCUGUUGCUGCACUGGCAUCCUCGCACAAUACUGAAUCUCUUGAUCCAAUCGACAAAGUCACUAUUUUGACUCUCAGGCAAUAUCCCAAAGCACGCGAGAUCAUGCGCCGAGGUUGGAAGACAGAGAAAUUUACGCCAUUCGACCCAGUAUCCAAACGGAUUGUUACAGUGGCUGUCUGUGAUGGUGUACGGUAUACAUGUACUAAGGGCGCUCCGAAAGCUGUACUUCAGUUGACGAGCUGUUCGAAGGAGACAGCCGAGUUGUACAAGACUAAAGCGCAGGAGUUCGCACACCGAGGCUUCCGCUCUCUUGGAGUUGCCGUCCAGAAAGAAGGCGAAGACUGGGCUCUGCUUGGAAUGCUGCCAAUGUUUGACCCUCCUCGUGAAGAUACUGCUCAUACAAUCAGUGAGGCACAGAAUCUUGGGAUCAGCGUGAAAAUGCUGACGGGAGAUGCCAUUGCUAUUGCAAAGGAAACCUGCAAGAUGUUGGCAUUGGGAACUAAGGUGUACAACUCGGAUAAGCUGAUUCACGGGGGCCUCAGUGGAGCUAUGGCUAGUGAUCUUGUUGAAAAGGCCGACGGUUUUGCGGAAGUGUUCCCAGAACACAAAUAUCAAGUCGUGCAGAUGCUACAAGAUCGAGGCCAUCUAACCGCUAUGACAGGAGAUGGUGUGAAUGAUGCACCUUCUCUCAAGAAAGCCGACUGUGGAAUUGCCGUCGAAGGUGCAUCCGAAGCCGCACAAUCUGCAUCGGACAUUGUGUUCCUCGAGCCUGGAUUAUCGACCAUUAUUGAUUCGAUCAAGGUCGCGCGUCAGAUCUUCCACCGCAUGAAAGCGUAUAUCCAAUAUCGCAUUGCGCUUUGCUUGCAUCUCGAAAUAUACCUUGUGACAUCGAUGAUCAUUCUCAAUGAAAGCAUUCGUGUCGAGCUCAUUGUCUUCCUAGCUCUAUUCGCCGAUCUUGCAACCGUCGCUGUAGCCUAUGAUCACGCCUCAUUUGAACUCAGACCUGUUGAAUGGCAACUCCCCAAGAUCUGGUUCAUUUCCUCUUUGCUAGGUGUGCUCCUCGCCCUGGGCACCUGGGUUGCACGAGGAACAAUGUUCCUGAAAAACGGAGGCAUCAUCCAAAACUGGGGCUCCAUUCAAGAAGUCCUCUUCUUGGAAGUGGCCCUCACAGAGAAUUGGCUCAUUUUUGUGACUCGCGGUAUCGACACCUGGCCAUCCAUCCAACUAGUAACGGCAAUUCUGGGGGUAGAUAUUUUAGCCACGAUCUUCUGUCUGUUCGGUUGGUUCACUAACGAGAACAUGAAGACCAAACCAGCAGGCCAGUUUGUUGAGACGAAGAAUGGAUGGACUGAUAUCGUUACCGUAGUGCGAAUUUGGGGCUAUUCCCUUGGCGUGGAAGUUGUCAUUGCCUUAGUAUACUGCGUUUUGAACAAGAUCAAAUGGCUCGACAACCUUGGUCGUGUUCAGCGCGACAAGGGCGAGAUCAAGAUUGAGAAUCUGCUUGCGCACUUGUCUCAUCUCACCCUUGAGUAUGAGGAAAGGGGGGAAGCGAAGGGUCGGUUCUGCUUGGCGGCAAGCAAGGAGGAAGAGGACGCCGAGUGA